UGAUUAUUAAUUUAUAUUUAAUAUUUUUCUAGAUAUGUCUGACAUCGGCAGUGUAAUUUUCAUAAAGAUACCAGUGUGUGUUUUACUGACAGUCAAUUUAAUUUUGUUCAGGGUAACUUCUAAUCAUUAUUCAACAAUUAAAUAUGAACUCUAUGAAUUCAAUCGAACAGAUUCAAAAACAGAAAAUUUUCUUCUUCAAAAAGAGAGAUUUGUAAUGAACAUCAAAAUAUUUCUGAUUAUGGGAAUCACAUAUUUUCUUACGCUACUAUCUACUAUAUUAAAAAUUAAAGAGGAUAUACGGUACAUUAUUUAUGCAGAUAGCAGUUUACAAGGUGUAUUUAUAUGUAUUAUAUUUUUGGCCAAGCACCAAGUUAUUACGGACUUAAGGAAAAUGUUUAGAAAUUCAAUGGAUCACAGUGAGCCGACGCAAAUUCACAAUAUCUCUGGGUCGUCAUAAAAGUGGCAAUGGGCAGUACUCAUAAAAGUUAAAAUGAUUUCUAAAUGCAAUAUGUAAUAUGUAUAAUAUGCAUAAAAAAAAAUCAAUAUUUUUGUGUCUUUAAAUAUUACGUUUUUGUUUUUGUGGUUAUUAUAAAAAAAAAUAAUAGUUAACAUUCAAAAAAUAUUAUUUAUCUAAUUGUAUAUUAUAAGGUCUGUUAUAUUUUACUUAAAUAAUUUAUCUUUGUUUUAAAUACAUAAUAUAUAUUUAUAAAAUAAAUGGAUAAAUCCUAUCUAAUAAAAUUACAAAAA